ACUAUGUCAGGCCAGAAUUUAUUGUUCAUUGCCCUGCUCAGCCUGAUGAUGACAGUGGCCUGGACUUUCCCCAGUCAGUCCUUAAAUGUGUCGUCGGCAAGAAAGCAGCUCAUCAAAGAUUUUGUGGCUAAAGUUCAGGAAUUGAUAAAGAUCUUAAUGCACGAUUUGUUGAAACUUCCGGUCCCGAGAUAGGAUUACUUAUAAAUAAAAGUGUAUUAUUUUCUAAA